CUCAAUCGACAGGCUGCAAAUUCCAUUGGCGUUAUCGGUCAAAAACUCUCUUGUUUGUGAGAUUCUUGCCGAUACAUCACGCUCACCUACUGCAAUGGAGAUGAAGAAGAUUGCCUGUGCAGUCCUCGUCGCUGCCGCCUCAAUGAGUGCAGUGUUGGCAGAUGAAGGUCACGAGCAGUACUCCCCAGCUCCCGCACCGGGGCCGAGCAGUGGAGCUUCAGCUGGCUUCCCUGUUGUUGGUUCUAUGGUUGGUGCUUCUCUGGUGUCUCUCUUGGCUUACUACUUGCAAUAGAUUUACCAAGACAUUCAAGAGAGUGGGGAGCUGCUUCAACUUACAAUAUUCAGAUUUAUCCUUUGUUAAUUGCUCUGUUCUAAUUGGAUUUACUUCUACCUGUUUUCUUCCUAGAAUUCUUGUACCUGUCUUUUCAUGUCCUAUGUGAACCGUAUGGUACGACGGAAAUAAAAGAGCAUUUUGGUGCAUCUUAUUAGGUUA